UCCGCGCGCCAAGGUCAAACCCCGACACCCGCUGGCGGGCCGGUGAGCUCACUAGCUGACCCGGCAGGUCAGGAUCUGGCUUAGCGGUGCCGCGAGCUCCAGUGCGCGCACCUGUGGCCGCCUCCCAGCUCUCUCUGCCGGAAGAGCUCUGGGCCGCCACAAGACUAAGGAAUGGCCACCCCGCCCAAGAGAAGCUGCCCGUCUGUCUCAGCCAGCUCUGAGGGGACCCGCAUCAAGAAAAUCUCCAUCGAAGGGAACAUCGCUGCAGAUAAGUCAACAUUUGUGAAUAUCCUUAAACAAUUGUGUGAAGAUUGGGAAGUGGUUCCUGAACCUGUUGCCAGACGGUGCAAUGUUCAAAGUACUCAAGAUGAAUUUGAGGAACUUACAACGUCUCAGAAAAAUGGUGGGAAUGUUCUUCAGAUGAUGUGUAAGAAACCUGAACGAUGGUCUUUUACUUUCCAAACAUAUGCCUGUCUCAGUCGAAUAAGAGCUCAGCUUGCCUCUCUGAAUGGCAAGCUCAAAGAUGCAGAGAAACCUGUAUUAUUUUUUGAACGAUCUGUGUAUAGUGACAGGUAUAUUUUUGCAUCUAAUUUGUAUGAAUCUGAAUGCAUGAAUGAGACAGAGUGGACAAUUUAUCAAGACUGGCAUGACUGGAUGAAUAACCAAUUUGGCCAAAGCCUUGAAUUGGAUGGAAUCAUUUAUCUUCGAGCCACUCCAGAGAAAUGCUUACAUAGAAUAUAUUUACGGGGAAGAAAUGAAGAGCAAGGCAUUCCUCUUGAAUAUUUAGAGAAGCUUCAUUAUAAACAUGAAAGCUGGCUCCUGCAUAGGACACUGAAAACCAACUUCGAUUAUCUUCAAGAGGUGCCUAUCUUAACACUGGAUGUUAAUGAAGACUUUAAAGAUAAAUAUGAAAGUCUGGUUGAAAAGGUCAAAGAGUUUUUGAGUACUUUGUGAUCUUGCUGAAGACUACAGGCAGCCAAAUGGUUCCAGAUACUUCAGCUUUGUGUAUCUUCGUAACUUCAUAUUAAUAUGUUUCUUUAGAAAACUCAAGUUUUUAAUCAUUUUUGUUUUAAGGAAAAAAGAUUUUUAAAAUGAAUCUUAUGCAAAACUUUUUGACCAGUUUCUUUUCUUUUGUUUUUUUUUUAAAAAAGACAUUUAAAGAGAAAGACAUUAUUUCUCAUAGCAGGAAAUGUAGAGGUAGAUGGUUCCAGUAUCAGCAUAGUGACUAAACUACAUUAUAAAAGAUCCAGCUUCCUUCUGUCAUUCCCCUCUUUUGUCUUCCUCAGCAGGUUGGCUUUUUUCCCUGGUGCCUCUCACCUCGUUGGUGACCAGUUUCUUAAACUGAAAGCUUUAAUGUUACAUAGUAAAUGGUAGUGUGUCCUGUGUAAAUUAGUGUACCUAUUAAAAGUUGCAAAGUGGAAUUAAAUGAAUCCCUAGAAUAAGGAUUCUGAAGUUUUAUUUUAAAUUAUUAUCUUCUUAACAGUUUAGUCCCACAUCUUACUUCCUGCCUCAGUCUCCUUUCUCUACUGUCUGAAUUAAUUAGGCAGCCUGCUGUAAAGUUAAAGUCACACAUUUCUAGUUUGCAAACACUGUGAUUACUCUUUGCUUUGUAGUUUGCUUUGCUUUGUAGGGUUCUGCUUUAAGUUUUUCUCUUUUUUCAGACAAAUUACUGAUAAAAAUGAUAUUGCUAUAUAUGUAAUAUAUCCUGAAAGCAUUAUUUUUUGUUGAAUAGGAAGUAAAAUUAAUGAAGACAGAGGCUAGAAAGCAUCCAUUAAUUAAUGAGACACACUUAACUACUUAUCUCUAAACCAUCUAUGUGAAUAUUUGUAAAAAUAAUGCAUGGAUUCAUCUUAGUUCUGUAUAUAAAUAUAUUUUCUUUCUAGUUUGUUUAGUUAAGGUGUGCAGUGUUUUUCCUGUGUAUUAAACCUUUCCAUUUUACGUUUUAGAAAAUUUUAUGUAUUUUAAAAUAAGGGGAAGAGUCAUUUUCACUUUGAAACUACUAUUUUUCUUUCCAAGUCAUUUUUGUUUUUGGUUUCUUAUUAAAAGAUGAUAAUUUAGUGGAUUAACCAGUCCAGAUGCACUGAUCUUUGCAAAGUAGACUUAAUUUCAAAUCUGUAAUUACCAUACAUAAACUGUCUCAUUAUACGUAUGCAUUUUUUGUUUGUUUUUGUUUGGUAUAAAUUAGUUAAUUAAAUAUUUCUUAAGUAUAAACCUCAUGAACUACAGUGGAGCUACACUCAUUGAAAUGUAAUUUCAGUUCUAAAAAGAUGUAAUAAUCAUUUUAGAAUUAAAAUUUAUUCUACUUUUAAAUAAAUUAUGAAUAUUAAAGGUGAAAA